UUGAUUUUAAAACUCCCAUCCCAUUCACUUUCAACCAGAUUUCGUUUCUUUCGUCCUUUUUUUCUUCUUCUUCUUCUUUGCAAUUCUCUCGUCGUCGUCGUCUCUCAGAUCUAGAAGAAGAAUAAGGAAACAGCGAGGAUGGCAGGGAAAGGAGGAAAAGGACUCGUAGCUGCGAAGACGAUGGCUGGUAACAAGGACAAAGACAAGGACAAGAAGAAACCCAUCUCUCGCUCUGCUCGUGCUGGUAUUCAGUUUCCAGUGGGUCGUAUUCACAGGCAACUCAAGAACAGGGUUUCUGCACAUGGGAGAGUUGGUGCCACCGCUGCUGUGUACACUGCUUCAAUCCUUGAGUACCUGACUGCAGAGGUUCUUGAGUUGGCUGGAAACGCUAGCAAAGAUCUGAAAGUGAAGAGGAUUACUCCAAGGCAUUUGCAGUUGGCUAUCAGAGGAGAUGAGGAGCUUGACACACUCAUCAAAGGAACUAUUGCUGGAGGAGGUGUGAUCCCUCACAUCCACAAGUCCCUCAUCAACAAAACCAACAAAGAGUGAUUUGUUUCUUCUUCAGUCACUAAGAGAGAGAGAUAUAUUAUUGUGAUCUGCUAAUUAGUAGCUUAUGGUGUUUGUGUUUGUUUAGUCUUGGACUGCUUUUUCCUUAUUUUUUUUCUCUUUUCUCUCUUCUUAGUUCUUUGACUAGUGUUGAUCUCUUCUGGACAUCCUCAGGUGUACAUUAGUUAAUUUGAACUUUUAGGUUUCUUUUCUUCAAGCAAAUGCUGUCUUUGCAUGCUCUUGUCAUUUGCUUACUAUGUUAAAAAAAAAAAAGUGAACUA